UCAGCUCUGUGUAAUUUGUGACUUAACAUUUUGUUUGAAAUACGUGUUUCCUGUAAGUCAUUACCAGUUAACACUACACAUUCUUCAGUACUUGGAGUCAUAAUAGAAAGGGUGUACUUGUACUUCAUUCAAAAUGGCUCAGAAGUCUGGUGGAUGUUUUCUGGGAUGUUGGUUCAGAAUAUGUUCAUCCAAAUCUCAAGAAAAGUCAAAAAAGGGAUCACCAACCCCAAGCAGUAGCUCAGUAGACUACAAAAUGGCUGGCAAGGACUUCCUACAGCCAAGCUUUCCAGCCCCCAACUCCCAACAGAGACUCUCUGACACAAAGACCAGGAACAAGGUGGCUCUUAAGCCAGGCCGAUCACUGAUGGACUGGAUCCGACUGGGAAGAAGUGGAGAGGAUCUAACAGGAGUGGGGGGUAAAAUCUUGGAGGUGGAUGCAGAGGAGUUAGCCAAGCAUAAUAGAAGAAAUGAUGCCUGGAUUGCUUUAAGAGGCAAAGUGUACAACAUUACCCCUUAUAUGGAGUAUCACCCUGGGGGUGAUGAUGAAUUGAUGAGGGGGGCAGGGAUUGACGGAACUCAGCUGUUUGAUGAAGUUCAUAAAUGGGUGAAUUACGAAUCAAUGUUGGAGAAAUGCUUUGUGGGAAAGUUGAAGUCUACAACACCAGUUCAUAGAAGAGUUUCCUUGUUAAGGACUCUGGAGCCUUCUGGAUCUCUACCAGGGGUCAAUAAAUCUCUGGGAAAGACCCUAACCACAGAUUCAAAAAAUGGGCCUAUGCCUCCACCAUCAAUGAAAGUACCGCAAUCACCAGCAGUUCCUAAGUUCGACUGGUUCCAAACCAAGACAACAGUGACUUUGGUGGUGUAUACAAAAUGGAAGUCCAUGAAAUCAGAUUUUGUGGUUAUAGACAAUUGUGAUAACAAAUUUCUAGCCUCCCUCUACAUAGAAGAUUACAUUUACUAUUUACAUAUAGAACUUGCUGAGGCAAUAUCAUUAAACUAUGAAGUCACAGUUAACAAGGACACAGGAAAAACAGAAAUUCUACUCACAAAGGAGAAAUCUGAUCAGCAGUGGUCAAGCCUUGGCAAGAACCUAGAGAAAUACAACAAAGUGGUCAAAGUCAAAAACCAAGAUAUAGAUUACAGAACAUGUAGUGUUGAUUCUGUGUGUCAAGUUACCCAUGAUUCCAAGUUAUUAUGUCUGUCACUUCCUGUUGGAACCAGAAUGUGUGUACCUAUUGGAUACCAUGUCCACAUCAAGCAUAAAGUCUCAGGAAUGGAGGUGGUUAGGAGUUACACAGCUGUGUUACCGACCUUGACCGGGGAGCAGGAUAAAAGAGUCAAGGACGGUAGAGUCCUGUACUUGAUGAUCAAGAUUUAUAAAGGGGGAGCAUUAACUCCAUGGAUUGAUUCCCUCAGUAUAGGUGACCUUGUAGAGGUCAGUACAUUUACUGGGGACUUUGAUGAACAGCGCCUGUCUGUGUGUCAUGAUUUAGUCAUGUUUGCUGCAGGAACAGGUUUCACACCAAUGGUUCGCCUCAUAAACCACUGUGUAGAGGACCCUAAGUCAAUAGUAAAUCUUAAGUUAUUAUUUUUCAAUAAGAAGGAGGAAGACAUUCUUUGGUAUGAUCAGCUACAGUCUUUAGCUGAGAAGCAUGAUAGAUUUUCAGUUGAGUACAUUCUGUCAGAGGCAGACAACAGCUGGUGUGGUAAGACAGGAAGGAUAACUCUAGAUCUAAUGAAAAACUCAUUACCUCAACGGAAAGAUCAGUCCAGUUUACUUAUAUGUGCCUGUGGUCCCACUCAAUUUACUAAUUUAGUUACUCAAUUUACCAAGGAAUUAGGUCAUUCUGAUAGCGAGUACCAUGCAUUCCAAGGAUGAAGUAGUCCCUAGUGAGCUCAAAACACAAGCAAACCAUCUCAGGGAAUAUGUCUCACAACUGUGUCUGUAGCUCCUAAAUCAUGGUCUAACAUAGAAUUCCAUGCAAAAUGGCCAACACGGUCAUCAAUUGUACAAGCACAGCUGAUUUAAUUUAUCUUCCAUGUUGGUUCAGAUACAUGUACGUCAACAAAAAAAAAAAUGAAAAUCACUGUUAGUUGAUGAUUUAUAUGUGCAGAAAAUCUGACAAUUAAAAGUCUGAGAGUUUAGAAAUGACCUACUUGUGUGUGGGUUUGUUUUUUUUUUUUUUCAAGCAGCAAUGUCUAUAUUGGUAAGGCAUUCAAUACAGUGUCUCAUAUAUCUGCAUUGUUCAAGUUUUAUUAUGAAGUCAGAUUUAAGUCAUUGUUUCAAUGAGCAUAAUGUUGUUAGCUACAAAAUAUAAUAGACUGACAUUACCAUAAAUAUAUCUUGUAUUACAAGAAUAAUUGCUGGUAAUUCACGGAAUUUUUCGGAAAGCAUGAAAGUAGUGUUACUUGAAUGAUGUCAACUUCAUUACCAUUUUGUUAUGUGUCAUUUAAAUAGCAAUUAAUUUUUAUGCCCCCGUAUUGAAGAUUCGGGGGUAUAUAGUUUUUGCCCUGUCCGUCCGUCUGUCUGUUUGUCUGUUUUUCCGCAAAAACUUUAACUUUUGAUUGGUUGGAGCUAUGGCUUUCAUAUUUCACAUGUGUAUUCCUUGUGACAAGACCUUUCUUUGGGUACCACCAUAUUUGACCUUGACCUUGGAGUUUGACCCAGUUUUGCAAAAUUUUUCCCAACUUUAACCUUGGCCAUAACUUUUGAAUGAUUGGUGCUAGGGCUUUCAUACUUCACAUGUGUAUUCCUUGUGACAAGAUCUUUCUUUGGGUACCACCAUAUUUGACCUUUUGACCUUGACCUUGGAGUUGGACUUACUUUUAAAAACUUUAACAUUGGCCAUAACUUUUGAACGGUUAUUGCUAAGGCUUUCAUACUUAGCAUAUGUGAUCUUUGUGACAAGACCUUUCUUUGGAUACCAACAACUUUGACCCUUUGACCUUGACCUUGGAGUUUGACUUACUUUUGGAAAACUUUAACCUUGGCCAUAACUUUUGAACUGUUGGUGCUAUUACUUUCAUACUUCACAUAUAGAGUCCUUGUGACAAGAUCUUCCUUUGGAUACUAACAACUUUGAUCCUUUGACCCUAACCUUGGACUUUGACCUACUUUUCGAAAACUUUAACCUUGGACACAACUUUUGAAAAGUUGUUCCUAGGGCUUUCAUAUUUAACAUGUUUUUUCCUUGUGACAAUACCUUCCUUUGGAUCCCAACAAUUGUAAUCCAAUGAUCUUGACCUUGGAGUUUGACCUACUUUUGAAACAGUUUAACCUUGGUCAUUACUUUUGAAUGAUUGGUGCUUCAGCUUUCAUAUUUCACCUGUUUUUUUCUUAUGAGAAAGCCUUUCUUUCCUUAGGCACCAUUAAUUUUGACUAUUUGACCUUGACCUUGAUGUUUGAAUUACUUUCGAAAAACUUUAACCUUUUCCAUAUCUAUUCAAGGUUGCUGCUAGGGCUUUCAUAUUUCACAGGUAUAUUCCUCGAGACAAGUCCUUACUUUGGGUACCAACAUAUUUGAUUUGCAUUUGAGAAAGUUUAACCUUUGCUAUAAGUUGCCAUACAGGGGCAUCAGUGUUUCACAAACACAUCUUGUUUUUUUUUUAAAUUGUUUAAAUGUGUAAGAAAAAUAUUUUGUUUAGUGAAAUGAUGGAAUAUAAAGUUUUCCUGGUAAGCUUGAAAACUCAAAUUCAUUAUAUGUUAUGAUUUCAGUUGCACCAAUUGGAAAACAGGCUGUGUGAACAGUGUGUAUUUUAUAGAUAAUUAAAUUUUGAUCCCUACAUUGUAUAGACUAUAUAUAUUCUAAAUAAAAAGAAUUAUAUUUUUAAGAAAUUCUUUUAAAUAUUUUCUGCAAGAAAUAUUUCCUAUAACAAUUGUAAUACAUGUAUCAAUUUUGGCAAUGUCUGCAAUUAUCAGCAGAUUCCAUAGACCAUACAAGCAGAUACGUGUGUGUAGGAGACAAAAUUAUUUUGCUACAGUCAGGUGUAAGAACACAUCGUUAGUAUACUGUUAACUACUUGUGGUAUUUAUAAAUGUAAGGGAAUACAUAUAAUGCACAGUAGUUCUGACCAGUUUCUUGUUUCCAAUAUCUGUGAUAUAUAUUAGAUCUAGUGUUUGUUUACAGGCAUUUUUGAAAAGAUGUUUACUACUUGUAAAGAAGGGGAAAAUUGUGUGUAGAUAGUACAGACCUUUUGUGUACAAGUUGUGAUUGACAUCCUAAGAUCUUGUAGACUGUGUCUUUGUGUGAAGAUGAUGUGAAGAUCAUUGUGAAUUUUAAGAGGUUGAAAACAAAUACAGUUGAACUUUGUUUGUUAAACAUCAAUAUAGCUUAAAUGAAUGAUAUUGGUGUAUGUCUAAGUGAGCUGGAAAUCCCAACCGCUUUUUCUUUAUGUAUUUAAACCUCAAUAUCUCAACCACUCAGAUAUCUUGGAGUUUUUUCACUGCCCCAUCAAGUUUGAGUUAAUGAAGUUUGACUGUAUUUAUUAAUAUAAUUAUGGUAUUAUUUCAUUAAAAUGUAAUGAGCAUGCAUAUGAUACUGGAAAAAUUUUGAUAAAUUUAUACUUUACUGGUAUUAUCUUUACUAACCCAAGGCUUUAUGAUGAUGAACUAAGCCUAACAUUAGCAAGAUAACUGCAAGAAUUGAUUUCACUGUUAAAAAGUGAUGCGAUAUGAAUUACUUCCCCUUGCUUAAGAUAGAUUGUGUGUGUGUGUGUUCAAGUGUGUGAAUUUGAAUUUCCAAAUACAAGAAUGGCACUUUUUCUGUUAUGUUGCAUCUUACUUCCAUUUAGUUGCUCAACUGUUAUUUUUGAUAGAGUUUGUGUUAUCUUAAAAAAAAUUAUUAAUUUGAUAAUUGGUUUGAUUUUUUUCAUUUUCUCAUUCUGGCACUGGAAAAUUCCCAUUACAACAUGUGUAUGUACUGACAAAACAACUUCUUCUGAUAUUAAUGGUAUGUGUACUUGCAGUGAUAAAAAAAAUCUCUGUAUGUUAAUUAAUGAAUGUUAGAUUCCUUGAUGAGUCCUAUUUUUUACAUUCUGUACACCAUAGGGUUAUUUUUGUUGUUAUAGAGAUGUUUUUAGUGUUAUUUAAAUUAAAAUACCUAGAUAACAUACGACUUGUUGUUGUGUCAAAGCUGAGUAGGAUUUGAUUUGGUAUACUGUCAAGUGUUCAAGAUGUGUGCAUUGUAAAUGUUCACAUGGUAAAAAUUUCUUUUCAAUGUUGGUUAUUCAUCAAAGCAAAGGGAAUAA